CAUUACCCAUAAUGCCCGGUGCUCUGUAGAAAAACGUCUGCAGGUUAGCCACAAGGAAGCGAAGCACUGUCUGUGGUUAGUAUCAGAGUGAGGGCAUACCAGCUGUUUUAUUUUACAAACCGGAGUUUAAAAAAGUGCUCUUUGGGUUUAUUUUAGACAAGUGCAGAAGGUUGGAAGCAUAACAUAACCUCGCUCAAAAUGAGCUUCUCGGUUUUCUCGUAUGAGAGUUUGGUUCAUGCUGUAUCAGGAGCAGUGGGAAGUGUGACUGCCAUGUCAGUAUUUUUCCCUCUUGAUACUGCCAGACUGAGGCUACAAGUGGAUGAAAAUAGGAAGGCCCAAUCAACUCCAGCCAUUCUGGCAGAAAUUGUCAAAGAGGAAGGACUACUAGCUCCAUACAGAGGCUGGUUCCCGGUCAUUUGCAGCCUGUGCUGCUCCAACUUUGUCUACUUCUACUGCUUCCACGGCCUCAAGGCUAGCUGGCUGAAGGGAAAGCAGUCGGCUCCAAGCACUGACUUAAUCAUAGGCAUUGCUGCAGGUGUUGUUAACGUAUUGCUGACCACUCCUUUGUGGGUGGUCAACACCAGGCUGAAGCUUCAGGGUUCCAAGUUUCGCAAUGCAGACAUACGGCCCACCAACUACUCUGGCAUUCUGGAUGCAUUUGCACAGAUCAUCCGUUGCGAGGGUGUGGGAGCACUGUGGAACGGGACCUUAACGUCCCUGCUGCUGGUGCUGAACCCCGCCAUCCAGUUCAUGAUUUACGAAGCCCUGAAGAGGCAGCUGAGGAGAGGAGUUCCCAGGGAGCUGUCAUCUGUUGAGGUCUUCAUCAUUGGCGCUGUUGCCAAAGCUGUUGCCACCACUGUUACCUACCCACUGCAGACUAUACAGUCCAUUCUCAGGUUUGGUCAGUUCAACGAGUCAACGGACGAGUCAAAACUACUGUCCAGUCUAAGGACUAUCAAGUGUCUAUUGGUCAACAGAGUGAGGAAGUAUGGCAUGUUGGGUCUUUUUAAAGGCCUGGAGGCCAAGCUGCUGCAGACGGUGCUGACUGCUGCACUCAUGUUCCUUCUCUAUGAGAAGAUUGCCAGCUGCACCUUCAGAGUCAUGGGACUGAGCAGCAACCACUACAAGAAACGAUAGCUAGCUUCACAGCCAUGGAUGUUUGUCCACAUUUAAAGCACUGACUGACUGUAGUAAUCACUGCUUACAGACCCCACGAUGGGGACUUCAAGUUCCGGGAAAUACUGUCACUUUCUUAAAAACAGUGAAUCUUUAAUGGUGACCUUAUCCUACAAAUACUCUACCAAUAAAACAUUACACACUUUAAGUAGCCCUCUCGCUCUAAUUCUACUAAUUUUGUUUGUCUUUAAAACCUUGAGCUGCAGCUGAGAAGUCCAUCUGCAUGUGAGAUGACUCUCCAACUCUGGUCCCUGGGCUCCUUCCUCUACAGUUGGUCAAGGUUAGAACAGACCAGCUCAAUCUUCUCCUGUCUGCCUGGGUUCUGCCUCAAAACGGCUUGGAGAGACAGGACUAAGUUACUGUAUCACUUCCUUACGUUUUAUCUUCCAUGUACCAGCACAGUGAAUGGCUCCUAUCGCCAACAUGACAUCACCGGGCUCUGAACAGAAACGAGAGAGUCAUUACUGGAAGGAGUAAAGUGAGUUUCAUUAGAACAGAAAUGAAACCAAAUCAAAGCUGCAGCUCCUGCAGAGCCUUUCACCAGUCUGACAGAGUCUGGAGAGACAGAGAGAAUUUAGAUUUCAAAAUAAAUUAGAUAUUUCAUUUUUAUUCCUUUAUGUCUUUAUUAUCUGUACAUCAACAC